UCCAGGUACAUCGGGGCGCUGGGCGCCAGGGUGAUCUGUGAUAACAUCCCCGGGCUGGUGAACAAGCAGCGCCAGCUGUGCCAGCGGUACCCGGACAUCAUGCAGUCGGUCGGGGAGGGAGCCAAGGAGUGGAUCCGGGAGUGCCAGCACCAAUUCCGGCACCACCGCUGGAACUGCAGCACCCUGGACCGCGACCACACCGUCUUCGGACGGGUCAUGCUGAGAAGCAGCAGGGAGGCAGCCUUUGUCUACGCCAUCUCCUCGGCAGGAGUGGUCUAUGCCAUCACACGGGCAUGCAGCCAAGGGGAGCUCAAGGUGUGUGGCUGUGACCCGCUCAAGAGGGGCCGCUCCAAGGACGAGAGGGGCGAGUUUGACUGGGGUGGCUGCAGUGACAACAUCAACUAUGGCAUCCGCUUUGCCAAAGCCUUUGUGGAUGCCAAGGAGAAGAAAGUGAAGGAUGCCCGGGCACUGAUGAACCUGCACAACAACCGCUGCGGGAGGAUGGCUGUGAAGCGCUUCCUGAAGCUGGAGUGCAAAUGCCACGGGGUCAGUGGCUCCUGCACACUAAGGACUUGUUGGCUGGCAAUGUCAGAUUUUCGAAAAACAGGGGAUUACCUAAGGAAGAAAUACAAUGGGGCCAUUCAGGUGACCAUGAAUCAGGAYGGCACUGGCUUCACGGUGGCCAACAAGAACUUCAGGAAGCCCACAAAAACAGAUCUGGUGUAUUUUGAGAACUCACCUGAUUACUGCGUGAUGGACAAAUCAGCAGGCUCCCUGGGCACGGCGGGCAGGGUGUGCAGCAAGGUGUCCCGUGGCACGGAUGGCUGUGAGGUGAUGUGCUGCGGCCGCGGCUACGACACCACGCGCGUCACCCGCGUCACCAAGUGCGAGUGCAAGUUCCACUGGUGCUGCGCYGUGCGCUGCAAGGAGUGCCAGGACACUGUGGAUGUGCACACCUGUAAAGCACCCAAACGGGCCGAGUGGCUGGACCAGACCUGACCAGACGGGAGCCCCACAGGAAUAAUCCACUGCCACCCCCUCGCAAGUUUUUUAAACCCCUGUGCCCUGAGGGCCGUGACAUUCUGGGAGCUGUAGUUCAACUGCAUGGCUUCUAUUUAAUUAAUUCUGCAAAGCACUAGGGAAAGGACUGCAGUUCCCAGGAGGUACUGUGAGCCCUUCGAUUUGCUCAGCAAAACUAAUCCCUGACCCAGGAGGAGGCUGCAAUCCUCGCUCUAACUGUGAACCUGCAACGUUUCUUCACAAAGGGGCGGUGCAACCAAUACGAACUUGGAGGACCCGCUGUCAGGAUGUAAUGGCUGAGGAAUUCUGCACCUCCCCAGAGAAUCUACCUUACAGUAAAGCUUCACCAGCAAAAAAACGCUAGUUGACAAUAAUCCACUCUUGCAAAAGCAUUCCUGCUGUCUCUUUUUUGCAAGGCCAGAGGAAGGGUGCUGUGAAUCUGUAACAGUUCCAUGRUACCCGUUUCCCUUGAGCAGACCUGGCACAGCGCUGACCCCGCUGAGCAAGAGCCACCUCUGCACAAGGCUUGUCCCUGUGUCCCCAGCAAAGGGAACAACUGGAGCUGGAACUUGGACCUGACCCCUCAAGGAGUGUGCAGAGACCUCUCAAUGCUGGUGGACACACAGGGCUUGAGAGAGCAAAUGAAACCUGUGAACUUACUGGUAGGUUCUGAAACCCACAAUACAACAGCAUCUCUGUAAAACUCACCUGUAUGUUGCGUAUACUGCUUAUUAUUUUAAGUCAAAAUUCAUUAUAAACCUGUAUCAGAAAAUGAUGUCCUUUGCUUUUUGAAUUCCUCCACACCCGGUUGGGCACYUCCCCAGAGCAGGAAUCAGCCUGCAGCGUUCUCUUCUUCACUGUCUGCAGCUCCUGCUGUCCUUAGGCUUCCCACAGAGUUGAGGAUGGCAUCCCCAUAAACACAGCCCCAGGGGAAUCYUUCCUCAGCCCCAUCAGGACAUGGGGAUGCCCCAUCCCUCCAAGGGCUCAAGCCAGGCUGGGCAGAGCUUGGAGGAACCAUCCAGUGCAAGGUGUCCCUCCCAUGGCACAGGGUGCAACAAGAUAAGCUUUAAAGUCCUUUACCACCCAAACCAUGCUUCUAUAGCAUUGGGUCAAACAGGAGAUGCUUGAUAAACUUCCAAAUCUUUCCCAUUAAAAAACSCCAAACACUCAAAACAUAAUCAACUAAAACUGAAGCUGAUGAGAGGAGGGGCAGGCAGCUGCCGAGCUGCUGCUAGGGAAGUUACAAGGAUCCAACCCUCAUCUCUACAAAUUCCCUAUUUUCUCCACCAAUUUGAGCAAGCAAAGAUUACAAAGAUGAUUUAUUUAGUGAACAUUUUUAAAGAGUCUGGUCMAAAGCUCACAGUCCACACAAACAGAUGCAACAUACAACAGCUGAACCUGGAAACUAAACUGACCCAGGUAA